GCUGCACGAUAGCCGUCGCCCUGAGGGUCCGCACUAACAGCGUCCCGCCUAGCCGCCACGCAGCUUCAGGAGGGCGCGGCCCUGCGUCCGUUGCCCCACCCCACAUCCCAGCCAGUCACGACGCCCCCAUCCUAGCUCUUUGCGCGCGUCCGACUCCGCCCCUGCCCCCGACGUGCCCCCGCGCGCCGCGCCCCCCGCCCACCCAACCCUCCCGGCCACCCCGCCCGGCUGCAGUGGCCCUGUAUCCGCCCUACGGGCCUGUGCGACCCUUGCAGCGGCACGGUUCUCCGCCGCCCGCCGCCAUGGAUGUGCUCGCCCCGCACCGCCUGGGGCUGCCCCGCGCGCGGUCCCCCAGCGGCCUCGGCCGCGGGUCGCCCUCCGUCAGCUGUAGCCGACUCCGCCAGGUUCAAAGCAUCCUGACCCAGAGCAGCAAGUCUCGACCAGACGGGAUCCUCUGCAUCCUAGGAAUCGAUAGUAGGUACAAUGAAGGAUGCAGAGAGCUGGCAAAUUACCUUCUGUUUGGUUUGUACAAUCAGAAUACCAGUGAUUUUGAGAAAACGGGGUUUUCUGAAGAAGUUCUAGAUGAUGUAAUUAUAUUGAUUAAAUCAGAUAGUGUCCACCUGUACUGUAAUCCUAUAAACUAUCGCUAUCUCUUACCCUAUGUGGCACAUUGGAGAAAUCUACAUUUCCACUGCAUGACUGAAAAUGAGUAUGAAGAUGAGGAAGCUGCAGAAGAAUUUAAAAUUGCUAGCUUUGUGGACAUGGUUCGAGACUGUAGUAAAAUUGGCAUUCCUUACAGCUCCCAAGGUCACUUGCAGAUAUUUGAUAUGUUUGUAGUGGAAAAAUGGCCAAUUGUACAGGCUUUUGCACUUGAGGGCAUUGGAGGGGAUGGAUUUUUUACCAUGAAAUACGAGUUGCAGGAUGUGAGUUUGAAUCUAUGGAAUGUCUACAGCAAGAUGGAUCCUAUGUCUCUGGAGAGUUUGCUUUCAGAAGAUUUGGUGGCUUUUGAACAUCAAUGGACUAGCUUCUUCGCUAAUUUUGACACAGAAAUUCCUUUCCUGCUGGAACUUUCAGAAUCUCAGGCGGGUGAGCCAUUCAGAAGCUAUUUCAGUCAUGGAAUGAUCUCCAGCCAUAUAACUGAAAACAGCCCUUCUCGGCAGCCAUUUGUUCUCUUUGGUAAUCACUCCACACGAGAAAACCUGAAUGCUGGCAGCUUUAACUUCCCCUCUGAAGGGCACCUGGUACGCAACACUGGUCCCAGUGGGAGCUUUGCCAAGCACAUGGUAGUACAGUGUGUCUCACCAAAGGGACCCCUUGCUUGUUCGAGAACAUACUUUUUUGGAGCUACUUACAUUCCUUACUUGGGUGAUGACAACAAGCUGCCCAAAAAAACUGAACAAAUUAGGCUCUUGUCCCAGGUAUAUGCUGCUGUUAUUGAGGCUGUUUUGGCUGGUAUUGCAUGUUAUGCUAAAACUUCCAGUCUAACAAAGGCCAAGGAGGUAGCUGAGCAGAUCCUGGGAUCUGGGUUAGAUGCCUUUGAGUUACUGCAGUUUAAGGCAGCCGUACGCUCCAAGAUGGCUUUUCAUAUACAUGCUGUGAAUAAUCAGGGAAGAAUCGUGCCUCUGGACAGUGAAGAUAGCUUAUACUUUGUGAAGACGGCUUGUAUGACUGUCUAUGACAUUCCUGACUUGCUGGGAGGAAGGGGGUGCUUAGGAUCUGUGGUGUUCUCAGAAUCAUUUUUAACAUCGCAGAUCUUGGUUAAAGAAAAAGAUGGCACUGUUACCACAGAAACCAGCUCCAUAGUCCUGACAGCCGCCAUACCCAGAUUCUGCUCCUGGCUGGUAGAAGAUAAUGAAGUAAAAUUGCCUGAGAAAACCAAGCAAGGAGUGAAAGAGGAUGAAUGUUUCCUGGGCACUUUUCUAACAGGAGGAGAAGGGGCAUACCUUUUCUCCAGCAAUCCACAGUGCUGUCCUGAGGAAGGGAAAGUAUAUUUCUUCUCUAGUGGCCUUCUGUUUUCUCACCGUCAUCAUGGAAGUAUCAUCAUUUCGAAGGACCACGUGAAUUCCAUUUCGUUCUAUGAUGGGGAUUCCACCAGUAUUGUUGCUGCCCUUCUGAUAGACUUCAGAAGCUCAUUACUUCCUCAUCUCCCAGUUCAUAUCCAUGGAUCGAGCAACUUUCUGAUGAUUGCCCUUUUUCCCAAAUCAAAGAUACACCAAGCAUUUUACUCAGAGGUCUUCUCCCUCUGGCAACAGCAGGCUAACUCAGGGCUGUCUUUCAAAGUGAUCCAGGAAGAUGGAUUAUCUGUGGAACAAAAGAGAUUACACUCCAGCGCACAGAAGCUCCUCAAUGUCCUGAGCCAUUCUGCCGGGGAGAAACGGAGUCCUCUAAAGCUACUCGCAGCCAAACUCCCAGAUCUGGACUGGUUUCUCCAGCAUUUUGCUGUCAGCAGCGUUAGUCGGGAGCCUGUGAUGAGGACCCAUCUCCCUGUCCUGCUGCAGCAAGCUGACAUCAACCCUCCUCAACAAGUAGAAAAUGACAAGGUCAUUAUCAGCAUUGUAACUGGCCUCCCGGGCUGUCAUGCUAGCGAGCUCUGUGCUUUUCUGGUCACUCUGCAUAAGGAAUAUGGCAGGUGGAUGGUGUACCGCCAAAUCAUGGAUAGCUCCAAAUGUUUUCAUGCUGCCCAUUUCCAGAAGUACCUUUCCAGUGCCCUGGAGGCCCAACGCAACUGCUCUGCCCGCCAGUCAGCCUACAUCCGCAAGAAGGCCAGACUGCUGGUGGUAUUACAAGGUUACACAGAUGUUAUUGAUGUUGUCCAGGCCCUGCAAACCCAUCCAGAUUCAAAUGUCAAGUCCUCCUUCACCAUUGGGGCCAUCACAGUGUGCGUGGAGCCCCUGAGCUGCUACAUGGAGCACAGAUUUCUCUUUCCUAAAUGUCUUGACCAGUGUUCACAAGCUACUGACCUUUUUGUUGCCCACGCCCCUGGGCCUGGGCCUGGGCCUGAGACUCCUGCCAUCUGCACCCGGUAUGAAGGUAAAUUUGAUGCUGGAUCAGUGUUUCCACUAAUGGUUCAGAUCUGCGUAUGGUUUGGUCGUCCCUUGGAGAAGACUCGCUUUGUGGCCAAGUGUAAAGCAAUUCAGUCCUCCAUCAAGCCAAGUCCCUUCUCUGGAAACAUCUACCACAUCCUCGGCAAAGUGAAGUUUUCAGACUCUGAGAGGAUCAUGGAGGUCUGCCACAACACUCUGGCCAAUUCCUUGAGCAUCAUGCCGGUUUUGGAGGUACCCACACCACCACCCAACUCCCGAGGUACACCUCAAGACAGCAGCGGGCAGCAGGAGUGCUACCUCGUGUUCAUCGGCUGCUCCCUGAAGGAAGAAAGCAUCAAGGACUGGCUGCGGCAGUCAGCUAAGCAGAAGCCUCAGAGGAAAGCCCUGAAGACCAGGGGGAUGCUGACCCAGCAGGAGAUCAGGAACAUUCACGUGAAACGUCACCUGGACCCCCUGCCUGCAGGCUACUUUUAUAAUGGCACCCAGUUUGUGAACUUCUUUGGUGACAAGACUGAUUUUCACCCACUCAUGGACCAGUUCAUGAAUGACUACGUGGAAGAAGCCAACCGGGAAAUCGAGAAGUAUAACCGCGAGCUGGAGCAGCAGGAGUAUCACGACCUCUUUGAGCAGAAGCCUUAGAGGAAGGCUGCAGAAUAGCUCCUCUGGGGAUGGACAAAACGGGGUGUCUUAACCUCACUUCUCCCGGAGGUCCCUCCCUGCAGGGGCUUUGUUCCCCUUGGCCUUUGUGUGCUGGCUUGAGUGCAUGUUGUCUUUAUUCUUUCUGCAGUGCUGAAGAGCAUCACCUGCACCACUAUAAUUGGGGGGUUGGGGGGUCCUCAUGGAGGAUGAGCAGACAGGAACUGUCCUGUGUGUGCGGCUGGCAGUCCAGGACCUCUGGGUCUCUGAUAAUAGCAUCUUCUUUAGUGCUGUUGAAGCACUGUGAGGGUGGGGAGGAGCAUUUGAAUUAAAUAGAGGAGCUGCUGGGAUGCAGAAAGAACCCUGGCUGCCCUAACUGGCUGCUGUAGGCCUCAGGCCUCAAGACACUGCCCCAGAAGAGCCUUAUCCCCCAGUGCCUGCCUCCCUGGUCAGGCCCCUUCCAUUGAAGGAGCUGGCCCUGUGGCCCUGCUGGCCCUGGGCCCAGUCUUAGGGGGAGCACCACAAGCCCUGCCCAAGCCCAACCCACAGCCAGCUGCUUGGGCUGAAACCAACAGUUUGUUCUAAAAUGAGGGGAUUUCCCUUACAGACUAAACUGAGGGAAAGGCAUGUUGCCUUCCAGAAGCAUGUGGCUUUUGAAUUGACACAAGCAGUCCCCCUUGGGAUUGGCUUUGAGCUCCCCUCAAGGCAUCACUCCAGUUUCCCUAAUUCAGGGGCCAGAGCAAACCUGCUGCUCAAGCCUCCCUGGCAGGGCUUUGCCUCACUGUUGAGGGGAGCAUCCUGCAGCAUCUUAGUUUUAGUUCCUGAUCACUGUGAGGCAUCCUCGAAGCGGGUUGUCUCCAGCACUCAGCCCUCCCCGCAGCCUUGCCAGGGAAGGCCUGGUUUUCAGCCUCAAACUUCAGGAAACUCAUGCCCCCAAAUAUUGUUGCUGACCCUGGAAUUGUUUGACUCCUGAGGACCAGGAAUUUCAAAGAUUUCCAAUAUCCAAAUUAGAGUCCCUUCCAGUGGCUUUGUUUCCAGCUGAACCAUAAAACACAGGGGAAUUCUCAGUAGUCCCAUGCAUGACCUCCAGGAUUAGUGUGGGAGAAGGGGAGGUCAGAGGCACUGAUAUUUAGGUGAUGUCUGUUAGGGCUUCAGCACCUCAUCUGCCUAGAUUAUAAAUGCUUUCUGAAUUUCACUGUUUUUUGUUUGUUUGUUUGUUUGUUUGUUUGUUUGUUUGUUUGUUUGUUUGUUUGUUUUGCAUGCCUUAGGAACAAGCACAUAGGCAAAACCAGCAAAUUUUCCAGUAAUGUAGUGGGGGUUUUGAAAAAGGCCCCUGGCGCAGAGGAGAGUCAAGAGAAUGGACGGAGCACAUGUGUCCAUGUGCCUGGUCACACAGAGGCCUGCAUGCAAGCAGUAAGGCAGUCGUUACAGGCUAGUCGGUAACACAUAUUUGUGUUAGAAAAAACAAUUUGUAUUUGAAGCCAAACGAACAAAACUCCAAAUACCACUGAAUUAGAAAUCUUGCAUGAAGGAAAGCUUCUGAAAAGGCCCAUGUGCUCUAGUCACAGCUCCCAAAGCUGCUGGUGACAAGGGCCCAUGUGUGGAGCCCAAGUCUGGGAGCCCCUGACUUCUGGCUGGCCAGAGGUUGGAGUCACAAUGGGCCUAUCUCUGCUCCAGAAUCAAUAACAUAGGUCUUAAGUGCAAUUGAUUAAAUAAGCAAUGAGUUACUGUAGCUUCUUUUAGCUCUGCCGAGCUCUUUUUAAAAACUCAAACUUGAGCAGCCUUAGAAAAAUGAGGGGGGGCGGUGGGGUGGGGACCAUGGUCAUUUCCUCCAGGUGGGUUGCUGUGAAGUUCUAAAUGAAAGCUCCAGAUCUAGGAGCUCAAGCCAUUUCCUGGCUGCUGCACAAAAGAGUUUUUAAAGAGGGGUCGGAACCCGUCCAUAAUAGCGGGUCUUCCCACUGCGUGGGGCUGUACUUACGUGGUGGUCUUGGUUUCUGACCAUUGUCCAUAGAAAUGCUCUCUCACCAACUUGCCCCAUUGUCCCAAUUCCUCUCCUUGUAGAGGGAAAACUAUGAUUACCUCAACUUGAAUAUGAAACUGUGACUGAAAAAAGUCAAAACAUUAAGAAGUUUAAAAGCCAAAAGGCAAACUCCUUAGACGCUCCUCAGCCUGCUCAGGAGUGUGAAGGGGCACAUAGGUGAAAGGGCAUUCCUUGGGGCGCACUUUGUGUGCCCCUGAUGAAGAGGCACACUAGCGGUGCGCAGUGUGAGCUCUUUGAGGACUGAGGCCAGGAGGGUGCUUCCUCCCAGCCCUGCACUGCCCCUUCCGGAACCUGCGGGGCCUCUGGGUUCUGACUGUGAAGUUUAAUAUCCACUUGAUUCCUCCGGGAAGGUGCUCCAGGUGGAGGGGUGGGGGCUUAGCUGUCUCCAGAGGAAGGGCCCUAACACUGUGUUUUAGAUUUUGACCUUCGUGGAUACCAAGGACCCAGCAAAGACAUCAGGUGUGGGUUCCUAGGGACAGGCAGAAGUCCUCCAGGGGCUUACAUGCUUUUGCCAACUUUCCUGUUAGCAGCUUCAGUUUUAUAUCACCCAGAGUGAGUGUGAUAAUGUUGAAGUCGCUGAAGUUAUGGGUCAUUUUACAUUUUGAUGUGGGAUUUAUUGUUAUUUUUAUUUUAUUGGAAGGAGGAGGCAGAAAUUGGACAAAAGGGAUCACCCUAGGAAGGGACCGCUGGCAAGGAGUCAAGCUGGCUCCUCCAAGCCCUGGGGGCUCUCUGACCCAAGGCCUGGACACUGGGCCCUGCAGGUCACAAGAAAAAGUUCCCUCCUAAAUUCUAUUAGGAUUUUGGAGAAUUUUUGCACAGUAAUAAGCUCUGAGUUGCUCCUUCAGGCUUCUCAAAAGGGAAAAGUUAACUCAAAGAUUGUAAACUAUUAAGUAUUCCAGCCGCGUUGCUGACCUAGAUGGAUAGUUGUACCUCACAAAGUAGGGGAGAAAUGGCUUCCUCAUUGUCCCAGGUUGUCAAAUACUGAUGACAGAAGAAGAGCUCACUUGUGUGCCAAAAUUCACUUUUAUACUAGUUUUUCAGUGCUUUAAUAUUUGUGACUUAAAUUUUAAAACUCAUAUUUACAGACACUACUGUAACUUCAGUGAAACUGAAUUGUGUGAUUGAAGCUUUUUGCUUAUAGUAUUUAUUACACUACUUAAUUCAGUAAAUAUAUAAAAGUAGCCUUCAAUUUAUUUUUAUAUUAUUUUACAUGUUUUUACCUGCAGUUGUGUAUGUGAAUUUACCUUGGUAACUAAGAUGUAAUGCUAAGGACCAAUAAACUAUCACUGAACAAGCAAGA